UUUCCUACUUUAUUUAUUUCUCCCCCUUUUUUCCUGCAAAACCCUAAAUUCAUUACUCUUGAAGAAAUUUUGCAAUCACAUAUUUCCUAUUUUAAUUUUUUUUUCACUUCUCACUGUAAUUUUUUUUGCACCCCUAUGGAAAUUUUUAGUCACAGAAGAAAAUUACCAUUGAAGCUCUGUGCAACCUCUGCAAUGGCGGAGGUUUAAGUCACAGAAAUCUUGUAAUUUGUAAUCUGCACUUUUUGUGUUUCUGAUCUUUGAAGUUUCAGAGCAAAGUCUUGAUUUUCUGUUUUUGGAUACUGAAUCCAGCUGUUUAGAGCUGAUUUUCAACAAAAAGUUUUGAUUUUUAGAUUAUUUUGGUUUAGACAGUUGUUUUAUUUAUUGAAUUAUUUAUUUUGCUGUGAAUUUGAUGCUUAUUGGGUUUUAGGGUUUUUAGGGUUUUAGAGGUUUUUUUAUAUGUAAUGGAAGCAGCAAAAGAGGGAAUAAUAAUAAAUUCAGGGCUUGCGGUGAAAGGAGAUGAAGCUCCAGAGAGUUACAAAGUGGCCCCCAUAACUGAUAGUUCUAUCCCUAAUUCUGACCCUAAUCCUAAUUCUAAUCCAAAGCCAAACCCUAACCCUAACCCGAAUCCUAACACUAUCCAGUUUGGUGGGCCCGCAGUAACUGCCUCUCCGGUGAGCGGGGACACGAAGGUCAAGAAGAGAAGAGGAAGGCCGAGGAAGUACGGGCCUGAUGGCGCAUUAGCGACGGCAUUGUCACCGAUGCCAAUAUCAUCGUCUAUUCCACUCCCCGGAGACUUUUCUUCUUCUUGGAAACGGGGUAAAGGGCGGCCUUUAGAGUCUGUCAAGAAGCAACACAAAUAUGAACAUAAAUUUGAAUUUGAAAGCACAGGGGAGAGAAUUGCAUACUUUGUUGGUGCAAAUUUCACACCCCAUGUGAUCACAGUUAAUGCUGGUGAGGAUGUUACAAUGAAGGUCAUGUCCUUUUCUCAGCAAGGAGCUCGUGCUAUCUGUAUUCUUUCUGCAAAUGGUACAAUCUCAAAUGUUACACUUCGCCAACCUACAUCUUCUGGCGGUACUCUAACAUAUGAGGGUCGUUUUGAGAUACUUUCCUUAUCUGGAUCUUAUAUGCCAAUUGAUAGUGGAGGAACAAAGAGUAGAUCUGGUGGGAUGAGCAUUUCUUUGGCAGGUCCAGAUGGCCGUGUUGUGGGUGGCGGACUUGCCGGUCUGCUAGUAGCUGCUGGCCCUGUGCAGGUUGUUGUAGGCAGUUUUCUGCCAGGUCACCAGCAAGAGCAGAAACACAAGAAGCAGAGAAUUGAACUCCCACCAGCUGUUACUCCUGUUAAUAUUGUCUCUGCAGAAGAAAUGAAGGGGACAUAUGGUGCAGUGAAGCCAGUUUUGGUAUCAUCUUCGCCUUUCCAAGGGGACAAUGCAGCUUCUGUUAAACCUGUGCCGGUGCCGGUGCAGGUGCAGGCCUUUAGGAACUCAGUUUCUGACAAUAGAACUUCUUCACCUGAAGAUGGAUCUAAAGGUCUUGACCUAUCUAAUUGUGAGGUUUCUAGCUGAUGACUUUUACAUAUGCUGUUAGUAUCUUCAUUGUUUUACUGCAGAGACGACAGCAUUUAGGCUCAUUCGACCUUGUCAAAGACCAACAUAAAUGAAGUGGCUAUUAUUUGAAACAGAUUAGGGUUUGACAUGAUAUGGAUUUUGACCCACAAGUGUACUCUUUGUUGUUAGUUUAGGUAGGACUUACAGUUGUUAGGAUCGUUCUGUCGCUGAUGUCAUGUUCAUGUAUUUUGUAAUAUUCGUGUUAUUGUUGUAGCAAAAUGUAUUAAACUUGGUAUUCCAUUCAUCUCAUCAGGCAAUUUGUAGCUGAACAAAUUUAUAUUUAUAUUUAUAUUUUAUA